CCUCCCUUCACAUCAUGUCCCCUGCUCGUCGGCCACACUCGCUGCAUGCUUUUUAAAUUCGCGUCGCCGGCCUCCAGACGUCGUUUCCUCUUGCCUGCGGGAUGAUGGACAGCAGGAUACUGGAUCCACCUCACGCCCAGUUCGGAGGCUCUCUCGGCGGGAUGGUGGGCUUCCCGUACCACCUGAGCCACCAUCACGUUUACGAAUUAGCCGGGCAUCAACUUCAAUCUGCGUCCGCGGUUCCCUUCUCAAUAGACGGAUUACUUAAUGGUUCGUGCACGGCUUCGGUGGGUAAUUCCAACCCCCUCUUGUCUUCGGGCUGCGGGAUGAAUGGAGAUAAUCAGCAGUACAAACUGACAGACUCGGGGGACCCAGACAAAGAUAGCCCUGGUUGCAAGAGACGAAGAACUCGCACUAAUUUCACUGGUUGGCAGCUGGAGGAACUAGAAAAGGCUUUUAACGAGAGUCACUAUCCGGACGUGUUCAUGAGGGAAGCGCUGGCUCUGCGACUGGACCUCAUAGAGUCCAGAGUUCAGGUAUGGUUUCAGAACCGGAGAGCCAAGUGGAGGAAAAAGGAGAACACCAAGAAGGGUCCGGGUCGACCUGCGCACAACGCGCACCCCACCACGUGCAGCGGGGAGCCCAUGGACCCGGAGGAGAUCGCCCGGAGAGAGCUGGACCGGCUGGAGAAGAAGAAGCGCAAGCAGGAGCGGCGCCUGCUCAAGUCCCAGAACAAGCUGCUCUCCGGGGACCUGUUCCACACCCCGGGCUCGGACAGCGACAGCGGGGUGUCGCACGUGACCGACAGCGACCACGCCACGGGCCCACCGUACGACUCCGUGGGGGGGAGCCAGUCCAGCUGCGACCAGACGCCUCACCCCGUGCAGACCCCGAACCACCACAACCAAAGAGACUUGGACCAGGACGCCGGGGGGUCCGAGCUGGACUCGCCCGACCCCGGCCACCGGUCCCGGGGCUCCGGCCUGCAGAAGCUGAGCCCGUUCAGCGUGGAGAGCCUCCUGUCGGACUCCAGACCGAGACGCAGCCCCGCGGCCUUACCCCCAUCGCGGCCUUUGAUAGGGAAGGGACACUUCCUGCUCUAUCCCAUCACGCAGCCGCUCGGAUUCAUUGUUCCUCAGACGGCCCUGAAGACCGGCGCGGCGGGGAGCGCGGACGGCGACAGCCCGGCGGACCGAGCCGCUCCGCGCGGCGGCGGCGGCGGCUCCUCGGCGGGCCCCGCCGGAUGUAGGAGCGGCUCCCCGGACUCCACGCAGAAGGGAUCGGACGAAAAGAGCGGCUCGCCGCACGGAAGCGCGCACGCGUCGGUUAUUUGCGGCGACUCGACUUUCGCGCACGAACACAGUCCACGAGUCAGUGAACCGGACAAACCGGAGCAUUUAGAGGAGCAGGACGACCCCGGGUCUGUCCUCAGUGACUGCCCCUGUCCCCAGCAGGCAAAGACAGACUCCAAACAAGAUGUCGACAUGGAAUAAAUCAGAGUGGGUAAAAAAAGAAAAAAAGAAAACAAAUAGAAGAAAGCAGAAACUUCCUGACAUAGCCUCUAAACGACACCUUUCAUUAGGCCAAAGCUUCAACAUCUCUGCAUCUAAUCUGUAGGUUCCCCCACUCUGCUGAUGUUUCCACAGUGUGUGCUUUUUAUCUCCCUGCGAGUGUGUGUGAGAGCCAGGAGUCUCUAGAUAUCCUUUAAUGUGUGAUAACUUGUCAGAAAAACACAAGACCAACAAAAAUCCUCAAGAGCUGUAAGAAAGGUAUUAUACUAUUUAUAUAUGUAAGGUUUUUCUUAAAUAAAUCUAUUGUAUACAAGCACCUCCAACCGUGUGAGACCUUAAAUAGCAGCACAUGCAGUGCAGGACUACAGUACAGUAGGAAGGGCUUUCUUAAGAAAUCUCAUGUUGUACUUUGUAUAUUGCCUUAACAAAUUUAUUCAUCUAUAAGCCCCCUCUGAAAUGAGGUUACGAGCCUGAGGCGAAAAGGACCCGCUCGACUCCUGCAGAGUUUUGAUAUGAAAGUAAUUAUUUUCCCGGUGGCUACUGCAGGGGGAUUCAGUUUAUUUUAGCUCAAAGGGGGUUAUAAUACAUUACCGAUUUCUAGUGAUAUGAAAUCACAUAAACUUCCAAGAAUAAUAGAAUUAGCAUGAAAAGGCCUGGGUGUCAAAUUGAAAUAGGAAAAUAAUAGCCCCGGCAGCUGGG